AUGGAGUUACCUAUGGAAUAUUUUGACAAAAGGUAUGGGGAUGGAUGGCAGUGUCACUGUGUGGUGGAAUCCAACUUUGGGUGUUUUUUCACACACAAAAAGGGGAGUUUCAUAUAUUUUACACUUGAGACCCUCGACGAGAGCCGAAACCAGCUCGUCCUCAUCGAUAAGCGGGCCCCUCGCGAUAUUUAUCACGAUUCCAUUUUUGCCCAGGGCGUUGAUGACAUCACGGUUGAUGAUGUGGCGGGUUUGGUGGGUCAGCGGGCACGCCGCUAUUAA